AUGAAAAUGGCUUCUUGCUUAAAGAAGGUGGUGUUUUUGCUGCUGUUGAGCUCUUUGGCAGCCCAGCAGCAUUUAUGUGCUGCUGAUCCCACUGAUGGCUUCACCCGUGUGCAAUUCACGGACCAAAACCGCAAGUUACAGAAGCCAUAUGACAAAGCUCCUGAGGAUCGUUACAGUAAGGUGGAUGGAGUUGAAAAGUUCUGGAUCUACACCAAUGACAAGCCCUUUAAAGAAGGCAGUCCAACCAGACCACGCACAGAAAUAAGAAUCACUGGACAUGAUUACACUUCUGGAGUUUGGCAAUUUGAAGGAAACUUUUUUGUGCCACAAGGCACCUCGGGGGCUAUAAUAAUGCAGAUCUUUGGUGCAGCCAAUGAAGCUACAACUCUGCAACUAAGGGUCAUUAAUGGGGAUUUGAAGUACUAUGGGAACAAUGUGGUGGCUGCUAAUAUCUACAGUAGAUGGGUUAGACUGAAUGUGAUUCACAAUGUUGGUGCAGGGGAAGUGACAAUUUUUAUCGACGGCGACCAGAAGUUAGUCGUCAACGAUCACGGUGGAGCUACUUUUUACUUCAAAUAUGGAGUUUAUGGUGCCUUAUCUGGUUCAAGUAACUACAUGGAAUCAAGAUGGAAGGGAAUCAAACUUUUCAAAAAAUGAUAGUUUUGUUAUCAUUGUAAUUUCGACUUUCACCGUUUCAUUUCAAGUUACAUAUGACAGAAAAAUAA